AUGUCUGGCCUACCCUCCACCGAAACAGACGCAAUAAAUCUUAUUGCGCGGGACAUGAAGUGCCUUGUCAAAAAGAUACAGGACCUCCGUCACAUAGGGAUUGAAGACAGCCGCAUUGCUCUCCCAAAAAUAUGCGUCAUAGGGGAUCAGAGUACGGGUAAAAGCUCCCUGAUCGAAGGCAUGAGCGAGAUCAAGGUGCCUCGAAGUGCUGGAACAUGCACCCGCUGCCCCAUGGAAAUCAAUCUCUCAGAAAGCGAACCAGGUCAGGAUUGGAAUUGUCGCAUCUUUCUAUCACGGAAAUACAUCUUCGAUGGCUCCCGGAAGAUCACUAAACUUCCCAAAAAGUCGCAGCCUCUGGGACCAUGGAUCGAACAAGACCAGGAAGAUGAGCACUUUACUGAUGUCAAAGAUAAAGAUGCUGUACAAGAGGCCAUUAAGUGGGCCCAGCUUGCUAUUCUGAAUCCAGGAAGACCUUCUACUGACUAUCAACCCGGAAAUAACGCCGACACCGAUGAGUCUUAUUGCCAGGUGAAGUUCUCUCCAAAUGUAGUUCGGUUGGACAUCUCGGCGCCUAACUUUCCUAAUCUCUCCUUCUACGAUCUACCUGGUGUCAUCAGCCAGGCGGAACACGAUCAUGAGCGGUACCUUGUUUCACUGGUGGAGAACCUCGUGAGAGAGUACAUCUCGCAGGAAAAUUGCAUUGUGUUAUUGGCACUGCCAAUGACCGACGACGCCACAAAUUCAAGCGCUGCACGUAUCAUGCGGGAUGUCCGUGGCGCCAAAGGAAGAACCCUCGGUGUCCUUACAAAACCUGAUCGUAUCCAGACGGGCGAAUCGUAUGCUCAGUGGGUGGAGAUCCUGGAAGGAGACAAAUUUGCACUGGGUCAUGGCUAUUACAUCGUCCGCAACAAUCCUGAUCCGGCCAUCGAGCAUUCUCACGCGAGAGAAGAGGAAGCUGUCUUCUUUGCAAAGAGUCCGUGGGCAACAGAACUAUCUGCCUACCAGGACCGAUUUGGAACCAGACACCUGCAAGCAGCGCUUUCAAGUCUUCUUUUAGAACAGAUCCAAGGCUGUCUGCCGAGGAUCAUAGAACAGAUCGACGAGAAAGCCGCGCGCAUCGACGCAGAGUUACAGACUCUGCCAGAUCCCCCGUCGGCAAAUGUCCCAUACAUCCUUUGCGGCAAAUUGAACCAUCUCAAAGAUCAAAUACGUGCCCAUAUUGACGGCGGCUCAGCUCAGUAUCCCCUCCAGAAGAUAUGGGGCAACAUUGCAAAGGACUUUAAAAGAGCUCUGUUGAAGACCAGGCCGACUGUUCAGCUUCUUGCCCAUUCAGACAAAAUGGUCAUUCCCAUUGCGCGUGAGGACGCCGACUCUGACUGCGAAAUGACCUCAAUACAGCGAUCGGUGAGCGCGAAUGUGAAACGCAAGGCCCCAUGCGACAGGCCUACUCCAACACCAGCGGAGCCAAAGCCAGAACAGCCCUCUACCCCGAAGCCCUCAGGUUACUAUACAGAGCACUUUAAUCGGUUUGAUCGUCCGGCACGAAUGUUCACCUGGGAAGAAAUCAGAGAAAUUAAUGAGGACUCUUAUCGUGCUGGAAUUCCCGACCAGACGGACCCCAAAGCCGUGGAAGUCAUGAACCAGAUGAGCGUCGAGCACUGGGACGAACCAAUGCAAGUGUUCUUGGGGGCCACUCACCAGUUGGUGAGGGACAUGCUGAUGAGACAACUCAAGGAGGUCUUUACUCCAUAUUACCAGACCAGUCUCUACAGAGAGCUUAAACGCAUCAUCGACAACUACCUCCAAACACUUCGCAAGGAGCACUUCAGACACGCGCAAGAGAACUACAAUAUUGAGCAUAACAAGCCUUUUACCAUGGCGAUUUCCGCUCUCGAGCAAGCCACAGAAAACGCGUACAAGUUUCUGAAAGCUCGCCGACAUGAAGCAAGGUCGCACUGCUUCCUCGAUCUUCAAGGCAAAAUCCCUCGGGGAGACCAACGCCGCGAAGCUGAGAUUAAGAAACUCACUGCUGCGGAGCUCGGCCCUGACAGAUUCGUUCAGGAGCUCAAAAUGAUGGCGACAACUCGUGGCUACUAUGAAAUAGCGAGUUCCCGGUUCAUCGACUCGAUCUGUCAGAGUGUACAUACGAAACUGUUCUCCAAAUGCCGUGAAGAACUGAUUGCAGUCAUUGAGAACGAACUACGAAUCUUCGAUGGAAAUGCUGUCGAACGCUGCAUGGAGUUGAUGGCAGAAGACCCCGAACGCCAGCGACGCCGACAGUACUUGUUGAAGGAGAAAGAGAAGGUCCUCAAGGCCCAGGAAUGGCUUGCAACAGCUAAGAAGGAAGACGAUGCCGCAGGAUCCGCAGAGUCUGACCCGGCCAUUAAGUCUCAACCACCUGAAGACUGGUCCAGCUUUCCCGGAUUCGGACCGGUAGCUGGCUGA